UUACUGACUCUUGUGGACUGGUAGAAACUAGAAGACGUGGAUUCCAUAGAGCAACAAAAAGCUAAGUGGUUUAGACUUCUGUUGCUUUCUCAUCAAGAAUAUCCUGCAAGUAAAUAGCCAAUCAGGGAAUGUUACCUCCAGGCUAAGCAUUAGGAAGAGAACAAGAAGGACACAACAGAGGGACCGGAAGCCAAGAGGGAAUGGCAUUUCAGGAGGACUAUGAAUCUGGGAUUAAGGAGAAACUUGAUUUGGAGGCGUAUGGAGACUCUUCAUUGAAGCAGUCUAACAUGUCCCUUGCAAGUGGAGACAGUAGCUCCUCCUCACCUGGGGAGGAGCCAAGAGGUACGGAGCCUGUGAAGUCACUCAUCUCCCACAAAGCUUCCCAUAAUUCAUAUGUGGAACUUCAUGAGCUGGUCAUGGACAAGAACAAUGAGUUUCGCUGGAUGGAAGCUUCUCGCUGGAUCAAACUGGAAGAGGACUUUGAGGAGAUGGGGCAAUGGGGGAGACCUCACCUUUCAUACUUGACUUUCCAAAGCCUUCUAGAAGUGCGCAAGGCUUUUAGCAAAGGAACUGUCCUUCUAGAUUUACAAGAAAGAAGUCUAGCUGGGAUUGCCAAUCAGGUGCUUUCCCAAAUGAUCUAUGAAGGAAAACUCAAGCCUGAUGACCAAGAGGUGCUUUUAAGAACUCUUCUACUUCAGCACAGUCAACCUAGUGAAUCAACUUCAUUAAACACUCUCUUGCCUGCGCGGGUACAACGAACAGAUGCCAAAGACACAACUGAACCACUGCUUCAAGAACAACAUCAAAUUGAGAUGAAAACCUUUUUUAAUGGCUCAGAGCAGGGAGAAUCAAGUCAUAGUGGUUUUAGGAAGCAGCUGUUAGAAAAAAUUCCUCCUGAUGCAGAAGCCACUCUGGGAUUGGUUGGCUGUGCCACCUUCCUGGACCGACCUAUUCUGGCCUUUGUACGCUUGAAGGAGGCUGUGGAGCUGGACUCUGUUCUGGAGGUUCCUGUCCCUGUCAGGUUCCUUUUUGUGGUUCUGGGCCCUGAUUCCCCCCACAUUAGCUAUCACGAAAUUGGGAGAGCCAUCUCAACUAUGAUGUCUGAGAGGGUAUUUCGCAAUGACUCCUAUUUGGCAGAAGGAAGACAGGACUUGAUAAAGAGUCUGGAUGAGUUCCUAGAUUGUUGCAUUGUCCUCCCACCCUCUGAGAUCCAAAGUGAAAGACUCCUCAAAAUGUUGCUGCCAGUGCAGAAGGAUUUCCUAAGGAAGAGGUACCUCCCAGUGGAGAAGAAACUGGAAGAGCCACUAAAAGACCUAGGGCACAAAUUGAAAGACAUCACAGCAGAAGAUUCGGGUGAUUCUUUACGCCGAACUGGAAAUAUUUUUGGGGGGCUAGUGAAAGACAUAAAACGUCGGUACCCCAAGUAUCUCAGUGACAUCAAGGAUGCUCUGAACCCACAAUGCCUGGCUGCAGUCAUCUUCAUCUACUUUGCUGCCCUUUCUCCUGCCAUUACUUUUGGAGGCCUACUUGCUGAAAAGACAGACCGUCUGAUAGGAGUCUCUGAGCUUCUACUCUCUACCGCAGUUCAGAGUGGACUCUUUUGCUUGCUGGGAGCUCAGCCCCUCCUUGUUGUGGGAUUUUCUGGCCCCCUUUUGGUCUUUGAAGAAGCUUUUUAUGCAUUUUGUACGGCUAAUGGCAUUGAAUAUAUUGUGGGAAGAGUCUGGAUUGGCUUUUGGCUGAUACUGAUAGUGAUAUUGGUGGUGGCUUUUGAGGGCAGCUUCCUGGUACGUUUCAUCUCUCGCUAUACUCAGGAGAUCUUCUCAAUCCUCAUCUCCCUCAUCUUCAUUCUGGAAACUUUCUUCAAACUCAUCAAGAUUUUUAAAGAGCACCCUCUGAAAGAAGCGUAUAAAAACGUCACUUUUUCCAGAGAUGAAGAUCCAAGGGAACCUGUACCAAAUACUGCUCUGCUUUCUCUUGUGCUGAUGGGAGGAACAUUUUUCAUUGCUUUCUUCUUACGGAAGUUCAAAAACAGCAGCUUUUUCCCUGGCAGGCUUCGUCGGGUGAUUGGUGACUUUGGUGUCCCCAUUGCCAUCCUUAUCAUGACAUUGGCAGACAAUCUUAUUAAAGAUACCUACACUCAGAAAUUGAAAGUUCCCAAAGGCCUUCAAGUCUCCAAUCCUGAAAAGCGGGAUUGGUUUAUCCAUCCAUUAGGAAAUGAAUUCCCCAAGUGGAUGAUGUUUGCUUCACUUGUGCCAGCUCUCCUGGUUUUCAUUCUCAUCUUCUUGGAGACACAGAUCACCACGCUGAUUGUAAGCAAACCUGAGAGGAAGAUGGUGAAGGGUUCAGGUUUCCAUCUCGAUCUCCUUCUUAUUGUUGGAAUGGGAGGUAUUGCACCACUUUUGGGUAUGCCCUGGCUGAGUGCCACCACAGUGAGGACUGUCACGCAUGCUAAUGCUCUGACAGUUAUGUCCAAGACUACCCUUCCAGGAGAAAAGGCCUGCAUCCAGGAGGUCAAGGAACAGAGGGUUACUGGCUUCCUGGUCGCUAUUCUUGUGGGCCUGUCCAUACUCAUGGAACCCAUCUUGAAGCUGAUUCCACUUGCAGUACUCUUUGGUAUCUUUCUCUACAUGGGGGUGACAUCUCUCAAUGGCAUUCAGCUAUAUGACCGCAUUCUUCUCAUGCUGAAGCCACCCAAAUACCAUCCAGAUGUGCCUUAUGUUACAAAAGUAAAGACCUGGCAUAUGCACAUAUUCACCCUCACCCAGAUUCUCUGCCUAGGAUUGCUGUGGGGAGUGAAAACCAGCCCAGCCUCUCUUGCCUUACCGUUUAUACUCAUUCUGACUGUCCCUCUUCGAUACUUCUUGCUCCCUGUCAUUUUCACAGACAUUGAGCUCAAGUGUUUGGAUGCUGAGGAUACUGAGCUGACUUUUGAUGAGACAGAAGGCCAAGAUGUCUAUGAUGAAGUCCAGAUGCCUGUUUGAGCACCGAGCUGCUGCUGCCACUAGGCAAAUGAGGAACCAAUUCCCACACACACACACAAACAUUGGAUAUCAGAAUCUGGAGGAAGAUAUCCAUAUAGCUAUAUAAUUAUAGUAUAUAUAUAUAUAUAUAUAUAUAUAUACAUACAUACAUUAAUUGCACAUGGCCAAACAUUCCAGUGGUGUAAAUAUAUAUGAUUGUCAACACAUGGAUCCUAUAGGAUUUAAGAAACAUAUUUUCCCCCAGUCAAUUAUAGUUCUAUAGUGAAUCUUAAUAUUUCUUUCUUAGGGUUUAGGAAAUAGACGUAUUUUCCCAGAAGGGGAAAAAAGUAGCAAGAUAUGCAAGAAUUGUUAAAAAGAUGAUACAAGUUAACAGUGGACUCCAUUUUUAAUGCAGCUAUAACCCAGGUAUUUCUCUUCUGUACGUGUGUGUUUGUGUGUGUGAAGCUUUAUCAGUCAUAGAGGAACCCAUCUACUUUUCUACCAAGAUAAGAAGCAUUUUUAUUACUCACAUUGCCAGACCAUCUACACCAAUGAAUAUCUGUAAUGUGUUUUGAAAAGUAAUGCUGAAAAUCCAUCACCGUUCUCUGAUGGACCAUCAGGAUGAAUACUUCAGAAUGCUGGAGUGGACUGAAGGAAAGAAGAAGAGGCAAUAAGCUCUUUCUUAACCACUGGAAUAGAAUAGGAAAAAGCUGGAGCAUGAAAAUGAGGCACAGAAGAAACACACAGAAUGUGCCAUAUUCAUAAUAGAAAGAAGCAACAAGCCUAACCUCAUGGUGAAAACCAGGAAUAGAAGUGGCAGAAAUAUCAGGUUUCAAGAAUCAAGAAUGCUCAUUUGAUGUGAAAUACUGACAGAUGAAAAAUCCAUCUCAGCUUGUCAAGCGGGGAUGACAUAUUUGAAAAAUUGGCUUCCUGGGAAAACUAGUAAUCUUUUUCUUUGAAGAUGGAAUUCAUUUUCUGUGAAUUCAUCUUACCCCCUUUCCCACUGAAACUUGAAGUAUGCUAAUAUGAUGAAGGCAUCAUCCAAAUGAUGAAGCAUCAUCCAAAAGUACAGUUCUACUCUGGCUAUUUAUGUUGCUUGCUUGUUCUUGUAAUUAAGUUUUAACAAAUGCUACUUUUUUCCCUUAAGCUGGCAUCUAUCUAAGUCUCUACCUGGGAAAUGUGCCAUUUGACAAAAAAUUAGUAUAUCCCAGAUUAUAAUAAUUAGAGCUGUAUAUUUGAAAGAGUAGGCAAGCCAACUUGGUGCAUAUUAACAUCCAGAGAUUCUUAGCUUCCAAUUAAAUAUCAAUUACUAGUCCUUAAGAAUAGAAAAAAAUAUGUAAAUUUCAUCAAUCAGUCCUUCCUUUCCCCCUCUUAUGAACCAUUCCAAACGUUCAAGUAUUCCUGCAUUCAAGAAGCCAUUCUAAGCUAAUGUCUGCAAAAAGGCUUAAUUUACAGACUGUUAUUGCAAAAUAGGGUUUAAUUUUUGCACACCUUGAUGUUUUACAUGCAAUCUAACAGUACUUACUACAUACAUAGCGUUAUAGAACUUUCUUCCUCUCUUACUUCAAGUCUCUAAUAUUGGGUGUUGUUCUGAAUCAAGCUUUGAGUCCUCAUUAAUUUUCACUUGCCCAAACACUUUACAAAUAGUCUUUGACAAUCCACGUUUUUCCUUCUCAGUAAUGUGACAUGUUGCUCACUGAAAGUUUGUCUUCUUAUGGGUUUUUCCCCCCACGAUUAUAGCAAUAACAAUGAAUAUAGGAUCUAUAUUAAUGCAGGAUCUAUAUACAUGCAGCAGGUUUCAUUUUCUCCUUAGAAUUUUUGAAAAUGUUUCUCAUGGUGGUAUGAAUUCAAUAUUGGUAAUAGUCAUUUCAGCAAUAUUAUUAUUUGUUAUUUCCUAAAAAAUAAUAAAGGUGCUAAACUCAACAAUAUCUGGAGUCCUUCAACUUGUCAAUGCCUGCCUUCUAACCCCUGGCAUGUAUAGCCUACCACUGUGUUGCUCAGUGAGUGAAAACUUUCUGUGCAUGACUAAGAUACUUUUCUUUAUUAUUUUACAUUAUACAGGAUGAAUCAUGGUUCUAACCAUGCACUGCUUAACAUUAAUUUGAUUACGAGAAGGACUGGAGAAAAAACAAAUGGUAAUAUUUCCUCUUGCAAUGCAUAAACAAUUUAUGGAAUUGAUUUCCCUGAAGUAUACAAAUGGACAUUAGCUUAUGUGGCUUUAAAUAAAGGAUUUGGUAUACAGUAUAAAAAGUGACUAGACCAGUAUGUAUUAGUCAUGAUAGCCAAAUGAAACUUCCUUCUUUAAAGGUAUUAGACCAGCAUAAAUUAAUGAGGUGACCAAUGUUAUUGUGUCCUUCAUAUGAACUUCUCAGUUUGUAAGUGGAAUUCUGAUCUGUGAGAUUUUUAGGUCGUUUUAUUAAAGGAGAAAAAAAAACAAGAACAAAAAAUGUAUUUAGCCUAGGAGCCAUGGGUUCAGUUUGAAUUAGUAGAAAGCCACUGUAUCCUGAAAGCCAUUUUAUAAUAAUUGUCAAUAACAAACUACAGGGAUUCUUAUUCUAGAUUAAACCUAUAGUAUCAUUUGCAUUACUAUUUAUGCAUAUGGGAGUUCUAGAUGGACUGCUUUGUCUUUAUUAGCAAUGCAACAUAUACAAACUCAACGACUAAACCUAAUAUGUUAAAAUAGUAAAUUAUAUCUGUAGAUAUCUGGUAUAUCAGAUUUUUUAAAAUUCUUAUUCAUUAGAUUUUUCCAAGAGUUCGAAGUAAUUUGCAUAAUACUCCCUCUUCAAUAUCUCAGCAUAGCAACAAUUUUGUGCUGGGGUGAGGUGGGCUGAAAAAUAGCAGCUAACCAAAAGUCACCCUAUAAAUUUCCAUGACCAUGGCUCUCAUCAUAGCCGUAAUCCAAUAUUUAAUCAUACUCCUGUCUCUCAGUUAUUAAGACAUUCUAGGCAUAGGAUCCCCUCUCCUGCAGUGGGAUUUCCUUUAUAACUAAAGGUGUACACUAAUUUAGUGAGAAUGGGUUUUUAUAAUUUAUUAAAAAUCAUAUUUAAUGUUUCAGUUGCUUUGCUAUCUCUGCUGUAUCGAAUAUUUUUAACAAGGGUAGCAAGAAACAAGAUCUUGGGAUAAUGUGCUGCAUUUAUUUUAUGUGAUCUUAUUUUGAUUUAGGCAUGAUUAAGCCAAUAUUAUUGCAAUGAUUUUCUUGUUUAGACCAAUACCAGAAGCA